CGGAAAUCAGAAAUCGCAACCGCAAAAAGACACAAAAAAAAAAAAACAGAAGGAAAACCAAAAAUCCAACGAGAGUUCUCGCACAUUCUCUCUCCCUUGCGUUCUUUCUCUCUCUCUGUCGCUCGCUCUCUCACUCUAUCUGGCUUUUCCAUUUACAGCUUCUCGCUGGCUUUUGAUUUCUUUCCAAUCCACUAACAUAUUGGAAGAGUCUGAGCAGCGCAAGAGUUCUUGUUGUUGUUUUUUUUUUCGCUUUUCCUGGUCGCUUCGAGUCAAGUGGCAGGGCAGAGGCAGCAGUCCAGAUUCACACUCUCAGCCAGGCGCCGGCGUCUCCGUGAUUAAGUUUUACUACGACUACGGGGUUUUGUCAGUCCGUUCGAUGACGCCGUAGCCAACAGUUCAAGUCGUAUCAAAGCCAAAAAAAGAAGAAAAAAAUUAAAAAUAAAAAAUCAGUGACGUGUUCUGUGAAGUGAAUCUUAUUUCCGUAUCCGGAUGCCGUCGCGUAUAGCCCAAUCAAAUCACAACUAAAACCCAAGACCCAUUCCAAUCAAAAUUCAAUAACUAAACGCAAUAUAUAUAUCCACAUAUAAUGGACGUGGCCAAAUUGCAAGCUAAUCCCGGCCAGCAUUUAUUGCAUCCAGCCACCUCAGCAGCACCGCCCGCCCAUCAGCAUCAUUUGCCAUUGGACUACAGUUUGGGUAACUUUAAGCCCGCCAUUGCCAGUGAUUUUCCAGGACCAUUUGUGACUAGUCCCCAGCAACAGCAUUCUUCCACAUCCUCGUCAUCCGCAUCGUCUGCAUCAUCCUCCUCAAUGUCCUCAUCGCUGCAGGUGCGUGAUCUCAGUGCAUUGACCAGCAUGGCAACGAUACCAUCGCCUACACAGCUGCUGCAUCAGCGUAUGCAGCAGGCUCAGAUCACAGUGGCAGAUCAGCAACAUCCACCCAGUUCACAUCCUCAGAUGCCGCCGGCUUCGACAUCGCCACAUGAAUAUGCACCCAUGUCUGCCUUUAAGGCGGUGCUGCCAAAGAAACGGAAUGCCGACGAUUCUCUCGCCUUUAGUAUAAGCAGACUGGUCAAGACUGAACACCUGACAGCCAUUGCAGCAGCGGCUGGAAUAAAGCCAUUACCUUCCCUACCGACAUUAACAUCUCUACCGCCCACCACCGAGGAGGAUAACAACAAUUCCAUUUCCAUGUUGAGCAAAAAUCAUCAUCAAUUGCAGCAGCAUUUGCAGCGUACCACCUCCAUCAUCAGUGUCAGUGAGCAAUUGCGUCAAUCGCGAUCUCGUUCCCGCUCUCGUUCGCGUAGUCCUUCGCACAGUUCUUCCCAAAUCGAUAUGGAUGAUGCCUCCGAUUCUCAUCACUCACAUCGUUCGCUGCACUCCCGCUCCAGGUCGCAUUCCCACUCGAGUAACUCAUCCGUGGAACUUGAGGUGGACUCGCCACCAGGCAGUCCAAGUGCCAGCUCACCCAGUGCCGCCUCUGCCUCUGAGCUCCUGAUCACAGCCACCAAUAAUGGCAUAAGCUCGAAAAAAUCAGAUUUAUUCUCUGUAUCCGCACUAUUAAGACGUGAUGAGCCCACCCAGAGGAGGGUACCACAGCGGAGUCCCAUUCUCUCCGGUUUGCCUACAUCAAGUUCUGCUCUAACAAUGCCCACUAAUCCAUUGGAGGCAAUGAGACAAAGUUACCCGCCCAACUAUGAUGCCAACAUGUUCCCCAGACAGCUCUUCCCACCCACUUUACCCUUCUUUGCCGCCAUUGCCUUGGGACAACAGCAGCAACAGCAUCAAUCCGGAUUGGCAGCUGGCUACCAUCCGGACUCGCAGGAAAAUCUUUUCCGUUUACGUAGCCUCAUGGUGCCGCUUCAGUCGGCUGGACAAAAUGGCUCCACAGCGGCUGCGGCUGCUGCCGCCGCUGCUGCAGCUGCUGUGGGUGUGGGCGUCGGUGUGCCACCCAAUGGUGGCGGGCAUUUGGGUCUGCCGCAUUCACCACACCUGCAUUUUCAUCACAUAGCCGCUAGAUAUCAGGGACUGCAUCAAUUCAGUGACCUGUACUCGUGCAUGAAGUGCGAGAAGAUGUUCUCAACACCACACGGACUCGAGGUGCACUCCCGGCGCACCCAUCACGGCAAGAAACCCUACGCCUGUGAGCUAUGUAACAAGACCUUCGGCCAUGAGGUCAGCCUCAGUCAGCACAGGGCGGUACACAAUGUGGAAAAGGUCUUCGAGUGUAAACAGUGUGGCAAACGCUUUAAGCGCUCCAGCACUCUAUCCACCCAUCUGCUUAUCCACAGCGAUACGAGGCCUUAUCCUUGCAGCUAUUGCGGCAAACGAUUCCAUCAAAAGAGUGAUAUGAAGAAACACACCUACAUACAUACAGGUGAAAAACCGCACAAGUGUCAGGUGUGUGGCAAGGCAUUCAGUCAGAGUUCGAACCUGAUUACACACUCCCGCAAACACACCGGCUACAAGCCCUUCUCCUGCAAACUUUGUCACAAAUCUUUCCAAAGGAAGGUGGACCUACGUCGCCACAAGGAGACCCAACACACAGAUCUUCGUGUCCAUUUGGGUAAAGUUGAUUUCAUGUCAGCGGCAGCAGCAGCAGCUGCAGUCGAACUCGGAGGAGCAGCAGCAGCGGCGGCGGCAGCAGCGGCGUCUACAGGACCAGGACAAGGAGCUGUGGUCAAUGCUAGUGGCUUGCCACCACCACCAACGUCAACGGCGGCAAGUCAUCAACUGCAGGCCUCCUCGUCCACGGUUGGUGGUCAACCGCAGUUGACCUCACAGAUGAAUUGCCAGAAGGUCUCAUUGCUGGUAUAACAUCAGCAAGAAUUCCAAUUUCAAUUCCCCAACCAAAUUCAACGCAAUCAUUGUGCAAUAGAAGGCCUUGGGAAUUCUCAGUCGAUAAUUUCCAUGGCCACCUCAAAAAUUUAACAUUUUAAAUAUUAUAAAUCACAAAGAAGACAAAGAAAAA